GAUUAGAUCCGGCUCUUUAGUUUCUCUGCAGCAGAAGGUUACUGCCGGCGCUGUGGGACAUGGCCUUUCAUACGUUGUACAAACGCAUCUGCCAGUUUUUCCUCGGCAUGCAGAUUGUUUGCGCUCUGUACCAGGUGAAGCUCCUGAAUCCUCCAGAGGAAGUUCUCCCUGACCAUCUCCUGAGAGUUUUCUACUCUUGCGAUGGGGCAGCUACCGUACAGCUGGACUGUGUGGUGUCGUUUGAAACUGGCUCAGUCUCCACAGUCCGUAUCAGACGGUGGAGUUGUGUCCCCGGCAAUCCUGUAAUAAGGACCAUGAAGCUGAAUCUGCCAGACUGGUUGGUUUACCAAGCAGACGGAAUCGUUCCGGAGUCCCACAGGGUGCUGAGUUGUUUGCUCCGAGCCUCUGUCACAUACAGUGGUUCUGAUGAUACUAAACGGUCCAAGGGUUCUCAGGAUGUGGCGUUCUUGCUGCCCACACCCUUCUUCAGUCGCCCUAUCAAGCAGCAUCGUCUCUGCACUGCGUGGAGUAAACAAAUGUUACAAUUAACUCAGCGGUUUUUACAGAAAAAGUGUCCUUUAGAGCAAGAAACCAUCCAUCUUCUGUCUGCACUCUAUGCUUCAACUGGAGAAAGUUUUGGAAUAACAAAGAGCCUGGACCCGUACAGGAACGAGUUGCUGGAGCACUUCCGGGUUAAAGCCGUCCCUUUUCCUUGGUGUGAACUUUCUCUGUGGGUAUUUGUCAGAAGAUAUUGCAAGCACAAAUUGUGUGGACUGUUUUAUCACAUUGAUUCCCAUAACAAUUAUGCCACACCAGCACUUUUCCUAACAAAAUCAGGCCAGCUGCACGUUCAGAUAAGUGGAGCGUCUGAGGAAUCCUCUGCGUUUCUCUCCUCGUUCACCGUGCCUUUAAACAAGUGGUGCCAACUCACUUUGACCUUACAGGGCAGAACUGUCACCGUCUCCUUGGCGUUUAUGGACAACGAGGAAAGAACGGUUAAAUCUUCAGAGUACUUGUUGAGUCAUUCUGCCCUGUUGGAUGACACAGAGGGGUAUUUUGUGAUUGGUGGAGGGAAAUUCGUCCAAGGCCUGGAGGGUUAUUUUGGACCAGUGGUUUACUACCGCAACAGAGUUCCUCACAGUCUGUCUGACGUAGCUGUUCCAGAUGUUAUAAAAAAUGUAAACCUGACUGGAUGGCUGCAGAGCUGCCAAGAAUUUCUUUUUGACAUCACCGUCAAGAUCAGUGGUUUCACCCUCAAAGCCAAACAGAGAAAAAGUGGGACUCGUUUGGCUGUUUUCCACGACCGGAUGGGAAGGGAUCUUUCAAAUCCCCGGUGUGAGCUUUGGGAGGAGGCGGCAGCUCACAGAAAACUGGCCACAAAACUAGCCAAGUUACUGGUUUUUAAACAUGGAGGAACGGCAGUCAGCCCGUCCGCUGUGGGAAGAGCUCUGUACUCCUUCUCUGUCCAGAAGAUGAGUCAAAUGGGCAGCAGUGCAGCGGUCAGCAAAGUCUUACCUCUGCUACUCCAAGCUGGCUGCCUUGCUGAUAACCACGCCCUACACAUGUCAUCUGUGCUCUACAGCUCUGGUCUGGGAGUCCACAAAAAUCCCAUUAAGGCCUGGCUGCUUGCCCUGCUGGCUGCACAAAGGGACCAUCGGCUGGCGCUUCUCCAUCUCGGUCAUGUCCAUCAGCGGGGGCUGCAUGGUCUGCCCAAAGACCCAGAUCUGGCUUAUGCCUAUUACGCAAAUAUUGCCAAACAGACAACUUUGGACCGUCAUAAUCCCACACCACAGCAGACGUUUGUGGAGGAUGUAUAUCUGAACGACGACGAGGCUUUGAACAGUCAGACCAACGAGGACCAUCACAUCUUUCAGUGGCUGAAGCUUCAGGCCCGCAGAGGGGCGGCUGACGCUGAGCAAGCUCUGGCCCGGAUGCUCUUCUGGGGUCAGCAAGGAUUGUCUCCAAACAUCCAAGAGGCUGUGAAGCAUUACAGAAGAGGAGCUGUUCAGCUGGAGGACCCAGUGUCUAUGUAUGACUAUGCAAUAGUACUGCUGCUGGGUCAAGGAGUUGAGAAGGACGUUCCAAAAGGCGUCACGUUCCUCAAGAAAGCAAUGGAGCAGGGUUUUGUUCCUGCAGUCAACGCCCUGGCCUGGUACUAUGAGCAGUUUGAGAAGGAUUACCAGCAGGCGGUGGCUCUGUGGGAAAAGGCCGAUCUCCUUGGUUCUCCGGACGCCCCGUUGAACCUCGGUAUCUUGUACUCGCAGGGCUUGUAUCCAGGAAAACCUGCUGACCAGCAUGUGGCCUACAAGUUCUACCUGAAGUCUGCGGAACGAGGACACUUGCGCGCAGCGGUUUUCCUAGCCGACGUCUGGGCCACGGGGAUUCCCGGAUACGUCGAGAGACGUCCAUCAGAUGCCGUUUCCUGGGUGAAGUGGGCAGCUGAGCAGAACGGCUACUUGGGCAGCGUCCUACGCAAAGCGCUGGACUCCUACCUGAAGAGUGACAUGUUGAUAUCUUUGGUGUUUUAUUUGAUGGCAGCUGAAUCGGGGUAUUCUCCUGCACAGUUCAAUGUGGCAUACAUUUGUGACCAAAAUGCGGCUGGUUUCCUGGAUCCUGCUUAUGCCACACGCUGCAUGUGGCGAUAUUACAAUCUCACAAUCCAGAGUGAGAAACCAGACCCUUACGCCUUUAUCAGGAUGGGUGACCUGUUGUAUGAAGGGUCAGACAGCAGGGAGAAAGACUUCUCCUCUGCUGCACACAUGUAUUCACUGGCGGCCUUAAGGAACGACCCACAGGGUUGGUACAACCUUGGCUUGCUUGCUGAGGACGGUUACAGACUGCCGCUUCCCGUACUGAUUGAUCUGGGCCUGUCUGAGCUGUACCUGGCAGACAAGAAUUUGCUUCUCAGUACUUUGUACAAAAGAUGCAGAGACUCAGAUGACGCAGAUUCGUAUUUGCCCUGCAGCCUCGCUCUGCUCAAAGUAUUUUUGCGAUCAUUUGAAAAGCACUACGUUGCUGCAGUCAUUAAGGUCUCCGUUGCUGUUGCUGUGGUUGCGACUCCAACGUUGCUUGUGAUCGUCCUUGGCGUGUUGAGGAGACGCACGGACGACCCAGAGUCUUGACCCAAAUCUGACAGAAUGCACAGAAAGCAAAUGGAUUAUUUAGUGUUUACAACCAAAUUAUCUCAGGGUCAUCAUGAAUUUGAUGUCUUUUAGAUUAUUUUAUUUUAUUGAAUUAAGUCAUGUAAAAAAAAAAAACUGUAAAGAAACUGAAAGAGUCUCCAUUGUGUUUUUUCUAGUCUUUUUGACUCUCCAGAGUCUUGCAUAAGAUUGCAAUAAUAUUUUAUUGUUUUUUAAAUAAACAAUUUCUGUUGUUUGAAAA